AUGUCUAACAACAGCGCACUCGAAACCGGCCUCGAUGGCAAGGCAAAGAAAGCCAUGCACGUGGAGGACCCGAAGCAGUUUGACACCACCGACGACGCCAUCAUCGAGGAUGUCUCGGCCCAGGCGCACAAGACGGCUUUUCGUAAGGUCGACUACCGGUUGAUGCCCAUGCUAAUGGCGCUCUAUCUCGUCGCCAACCUAGAUCGUGCUAAUCUCGGAAACGCUAAGAUCGAGGGCCUCGAAAAGGACCUGAAUAUGAAAGGCAACGACUACAAUGUUACGAACAUGAUCUUCUUUGUGCCAUACAUUCUCUUUGAAGUUCCCGCCAACUCCCUAUUGAUCAAGUUCCGCCGACCCUCGACGUGGAUCAGCAUGAUCGUCACGGCAUGGGGUAUCGUCAUGACGUGCAGUGGAUUCUGCCAGAACUAUGCAGGGCUGCUCGUCUGCCGGAUCCUGCUUGGUGUCUUCGAAGCCGGCUUCUACCCAGGCGCAGUAUACCUUCUUGGCCAGUGGUACCCCCCAUACAUGACCCAGGUCCGCAUGUCCAUGCUGUACUGCGCUGCCGCCAUUUCAGGAGCCUUUUCAGGUUUGUUGGCUGCGGGAAUUGCCAAGAUGGCGGGCUUGGGCGGUUACAAUGGGUGGCGCUGGAUCUUCCUUCUUGAGGGAGUCCUGACCGUUGUUCUUGGCGUCGCCGCAUUCUGGCUGCUGCCCGACUCACCCUCCAAGUCUUCCAAGUGGCUGUCCGGGGAUGAGAUCGACUAUAUGAAUGCCCUCCACCGCAAGUACCGCGAGGCUCACAGACAGCCGCAGGAGAACCCGGACCAGGAAGUCGCCGUCUCACGCGCGCACAAGUGGAAGAUACUCCUCUCCGUCGUCACCGACUGGCAGCUCUACCUCCAGGCUCUCAUCUUCAUGUCCAGCUCGGUCCCGACCUAUGCGCUCAAGUUCACGCUCCCAACCAUCAUGGUCAACAUGGGGUUCAGCAGCACCAAUGCCCAGCUGCUCUCCGCGCCCCCGUACCUCGCCGGCGCCAUCUCAGCCCUGGUCGUGUCUGGGUUUGCCGACCGCUUCUCACGCCGGGUGCUCUUCAUCGUCGCGCCCCAGCUAGUGCUGAUGGUGGCAUACUGCGUCUUGUUCUCCUUCAGCGCCGAGAUCAAGACCCAUGUUGCCCUGUGCUACACCUUUGUCAUGAUUGCCACCUCGUCGGUCUACAACAUCAUUCCCGGCGGCAAUACCUGGACCAUCAACAACCUCGCCGGGCAGAGCAAGCGAGCCAUGGGGGUCGCAUUCAUGAUUGCACUUGGAAACUGCGGCGGCAUUGUCGGCAGUCUAAUUUUCAAGUCGGAUGAGAGCCCUCGUUACCAGACGGGCUGGGGUACAAGUCUUGGGUUCAUCUGCCUCGGCAUCCUUUCGGCUUGCACCUUGGAGCUUGGCUACACCCUCAUCAACAAAAAACGAGCCAAGCUAUCCAGAGCUGAGAUCAAUACUAAAUAUUCCGCCGCCGAGCUUGAUGCAAUGGGGGACAAGAGCCCCCUGUUCGUCUACAAGCUUUGA